AUGUCUCGACAUGCCUACGAAUUAUGCACCCUCCUUGUCGAUGACACAUAUGGGGAGUUGACUUCGCGUAUCUUCGAAGUUCUACUCUGUUAUGGACGCCUGUCUCUCCCCGCACUACAACAUCACACACACCUCUCGUAUCGCUUGGUCAAACAUGGCUUAUCCGUCCUCGUUCAGCAACACUUAGUCCUUUGGUACACCUCUUCGGACGAUCACCUGACCCUAUAUGAAGCCAAUACCACAGUUGCAUAUUCCCUUGUGCGAUCCGGCAAAUAUAUUAAGAUUGCAGAAGCUCAAGCCGGUGAAUUUGCUGGCAAAGUUAUAUCUGAUCUCUUGCUUCUAGGACACGCUCGAGUCGGUGAUCUAGUGCAAGCUUAUGGAGUGGGCCAAUCCAGGAGUACCCAUGAUCGUCUAGCUGCCACUCGCGGACCACCUAGCAACCCUUUGUCGGGUCUAUCCGAAGGUCGAAAUGAAGAACAAAGUGUUACGCUUGAGUCAAUAUAUGGGACACUUUGUGACCUCCUGCGAACUGAGUCUGUAUCACGGGUCCAUCUAUCUCAUUUCCGCUCAGACGCCGACAAUCGAAGCGAGGCAGAAAAAUUGGUUCCAAAGCCAGAAGAAUACAAAGCAAAGAGUAAGAGGGAGCAGGAUGCUCAACAUGAAGCGGCGGUCAAACGAAAGCUCAAGGAGUGGAAAUAUUGUGCCGACGGAGAAGAGGGUGAGGUCGAGGAUCUCAGGAAAGGAAAGAAGAGGCUACAUCAAGACAGUGAACCCCGGCGACCAGAUCAGAAGCGCCAACGGCUCUACUCACCCUUGAUUCAAGAAGUCGUUGGCAUACCGGGAGAAGUCUAUCUGCCAAUGCUGGGGGAGACUGACUACUUGGAUAGCAAUCUCAUCCUUCGGGUCAAUCAUGCCAAGUUCGUCGUCUUGAUGAGGAAUGACCACCUCGUCGACCUAGCAGAUCGAAUAAUAAGCACGAGCACUGCCAGAGUCUAUGCUCAAGUACUCCGUGCGUUGGAACCAAAAGUACAAGAAUGUCGGGAAGAGCCAGAGGACUUGAACAAAAUAGACGCAGAAGCUGAUCUGGGCUCCUUACCCCAAGUUUCCACAGACGAGCUAGUAGGUGCAAUCAAAGACUCUUCCGAGCUGGUCAAUGCCUUGGGUAAAUCAGACGAUGGAAGACUCGACAUGGCACAAUUUGAUCACCCCAAGAAACGGCGGAAGAAACAAGUGAUUAGCGACAACGGGUCAGUGGUUGAUGGUGAAGCCAGUCUAGAUGAAGAAGAGGAUGCUUCUGAUUCUAAUGAUGAAGACAACAUCUCAGACGUCUCUUCGGAUCUCGAUGAGGUCAAUGGCGAAGCAGGGUUUGACCCUAACGCCAUGCCCAGUUUCUCUCAUAAUCCACACCGCGAACCCAUCCGCAAUCAUCUUCUCGUCCUCGCUAUGCACCCUUUAAGCUUUCUUCAACAUCUCCCAAAGACAUCCAUUCUUCCCGAACGAUGGACGAUCGACUUCCCCACACUAAUGAAGAACGUUAUCCACCACACCCUUCUCGAGAUCAUUACAUCUCGCCAUGGCCUACCCGCCGCACGCCUUACCCGCAUCCUCUUCGACAAGGGGAAAACGGAUGAGAAAGUAUUGUGUUCUACCUCGCUCCUCGCUCAGAAGACUAUGCGCAGCUACCUUCUCCCACUCCACAAAGCCGGUAUGAUCGGAUUACAAGAAGUGCCCCGAGACAAUAGCCGCAAUCCUCAACGCACAAACUUCCUUUGGUUCUUCGACCCGGAGAGAUGCAAGGCGAAAAUGUUGGAGGAAACUUACAAGACUAUGGCGCGAUGUUUAGGAAGGGCGAGAGUGGAAGGGGAGAAAGUUAAGGGAACGGUAGAGAAGGCCAGCAGGAGCGAUGUUAUUGGUAAAGAAGAAAAAUUCCUCGGCGUGCAGGAACUCGAAGCGUUGAACGUAUGGAGGGAGAUGGAUGAGAGGAUCUGGGGGGAAGUAUCUAGGUUAGAUGAUUUAGUUGCUUGUCUGAGGGACUUCUGA